CUGCGGGUAAACAGACAUGGCCGGCGAGGGAGAUCCGCAGGACGCUGGGAACAACAUGGGCAAUCACUUGCCGCUUCUGCCCGCAGAGGAUGAGGAAGAAGAUGAAAUUGAAAUGGAAGUUGAAGACCAGGAUAGCAAAGAACCCAAGAGACCAAACAUCAUAAAUUUUGACACUAGUCUUCCGACAUCACAUACAUAUCUGGGCUCUGAUAUGGAGGAAUUUCAUGGCAGGACUUUGCACGAUGACGACAGCUGUCCGGUGAUUCCAGUUCUGCCCCAGGUGCUGAUGAUCCUGAUUCCCGGGCAGACCUUACCUCUUCAGCUUUUCAGUCCCCAAGAAGUCAGUAUGGUGCGGAAUUUAAUUCAGAAGGACAGAACCUUUGCGGUGCUUGCAUACAGUAAUGUACAGGAAAGGGAAGCACAGUUUGGAACAACAGCAGAGAUAUAUGCCUAUCGAGAAGAACAGGAUUUUGGAAUUGAGAUCGUGAAAGUGAAAGCAAUCGGAAGACAAAGAUUCAAAGUCCUUGAGCUCAGGACACAGUCAGACGGAAUCCAGCAAGCUAAAGUGCAAAUUCUUCCUGAGUGUGUGUUGCCUUCAACCAUGUCUGCAGUUCAGUUAGAAUCCCUCAAUAAGUGCCAGAUGGUUCCUUCAAAACCUGUCUCCUGUGAAGACCAGUGUUCACAUAAAUGGUGGCAGAAAUACCAGAAGAGAAAGUUCCAUUGUGCAAAUUUGACUUCAUGGCCUCGCUGGCUGUAUUCCUUAUAUGAUGCUGAAACCUUAAUGGAGAGAAUCAAGAGACAGCUACAUGAAUGGGAUGAAAAUCUGAAAGAGGAUUCUCUUCCUUCAAAUCCAAUAGAUUUUUCUUACAGAGUAGCUGCUUGUCUUCCUAUUGAUGAUGUAUUAAGAAUUCAGCUCCUUAAAAUUGGUAGUGCGAUCCAACGACUUCGCUGUGAACUGGACAUUAUGAAUAAAUGUACAUCUCUUUGCUGUAAACAAUGUCAAGAAACAGAAAUAACAACCAAAAAUGAAAUAUUCAGUUUAUCCUUAUGUGGGCCGAUGGCAGCUUACGUGAAUCCUCACGGAUACGUGCAUGAGACGCUUACCGUGUAUAAGGCCUGCAACUUGAAUCUGAUCGGCCGGCCUUCUACAGAGCACAGCUGGUUUCCUGGGUUCGCCUGGACCAUUGCCCAGUGCAGGAUCUGUGCAAGUCAUAUUGGAUGGAAAUUUACAGCCACCAAAAAAGACAUGUCACCUCAAAAAUUCUGGGGUUUGACUCGAUCUGCUCUGCUGCCCACGAUCCCAGACACUGAAGAUGACAUAAGCCCAGACAAAAUAAUACUCUGCUUAUAAACGAAUACGGUAGGGAUAAGGUUCCUUAGCAAAAUCGGUAUUCUAACAUCAGGUCUGCUUUGGAAAUUACUCCUUUUGAUGCAUACCGAAGUAAAAAGCGACAUUACAUGGAAGGUUGCAGUUUCCUAGUCAAACAACAGUAUUUGAAGAUUUAGACUAAAAUAUACUAUUGAAGAGGAUGAAAAGCAGUCUAGAAUAUGUGGUCGGGAGUUAUCUAUUUUAGGAGCCUGGUGCUCUUAUUCUGUGGGAUCUGACAGGACAUGAAGACAUCUGUAAAACAAACUGGUGAGAGUAUUUCCUGCAAAACAUACCUGAAAUUCCUAUAAAUUCUUAUAAUGUGAGGGUUCCUCACUUGAUCCUGAUCCAUGGAACAGAAUGGCACGUUUGUAUCAGUGCUCCAAACAGCAGAAGUUUCCAAAAGCUAGGGUGCCAAGCACUAGUACUGUUCCUUUUUGAAAGAGGCAAGGCAGUGUGUAUUAUUUUAAAAGGGCUUUGUUCUUUCUGAUUUUCAUCAGUACUUUCAAAAUUUACAAAUCAGUAUCUCAGAGAAACUAAAGAGUUACCUAAUACACAGUUUGAGCCCCAACAUGUUUGUUAGUGAAAAUCGUAUUUUGUGUAUUUGCUCAGUGUUUGGUUAUUCUGUUCCAAAGUUUCAUUUGAACCUAAGACUACUGUGGAACACAGAUGCUAAAACACGUCCCCUUCCUCCAAGUGAGAUGUGCUAAUGUAUUUUAUAGGCUACUUUGUUCAAUGUAAACUAAAGAAACUCUGUAAGUAAACUGUAAGAGCAAAACUAAAUUAAACAUGUUCUUUUGUUUAAAUAAUGUAAAAUAUCUACUCAUAAGCAGAUAAUCUAGGUGUAAGAAAUAAUUCUUAAGGUAAAGUUCUAGACAGACUGAUUUGCCACCUACCUCUUUGCUUAUACAUUCAAGGGGUUUAUUGGAUACUUUUACAUUUGCGUAAUUUUGAUGUUCCUUCACUGCUUUACAUAUUCAUUGGGAGAAAUUCAGCUAAUCGGGUACAAUGGAUGUGGCCAAAAAUGGACUGUUAAAUUUCUCGUUUGAAUUUGUCAAUAUUUUCUUCUUCCAAACAUGCAAUGGUUUUGACUGCCUAGCCUGGAAUCGGCAACCGAGUAUCAUGUUGCACAUUUAUGUAAAGAGAGUAAAUGAAAAGCAACUCAAGAACGCUGUCGGUUUUUUAGCAUGUGCCCCUUCUGUAUUCGAUAUGCCUAACCUUUACUUUGUUAACCUUGGGUUUUUAAUGACUCUACUAUUUGUUCAUAUAGUCAGUCUUACACUGAACUAAAACGUCCUCUAAAGGGGAUUCCAGGGAGUUCUUUUCAGUAGCACGGCACAUCUCUUUAUAUCUAAACCAGGUGUAGUGAGGGAACAUUUGGCCCCCUGAAGAGUGUAAUCUCAGAAUGUUCUAUAUUAUUUACUGACACUUGCAAAUAAAAUUUCCUGGUAUAUAACAACACGCAUAUACUAUUUUAAAGUCUCUUUAUACAUGACGAAACCAGACCUCAAAUCUGCAUACUUCCUAUAUAGCAACAGUACGAAUUCUACAGUGUUGGUUCCAAAUAUGUAUCUUAAAUAUUUCAGUGGGUUAUAAGACGUUUAAUUACUGACCUGUGUGCAGUCGUUUCUGAGGCUCCCUUUCUUGCAACAUAGCCCCUGUUUGUACACUGUCACACUUCCUCUUAGCAGGGCUUUAACAGAAAUAUGCUUUUCAAAAUUGUUUUAUCAAGGUCCAAAAUUGCUAUUUACCAGUAGCGCACAAAGAUGCUCUGACUGGCUACACAGAAAGGAAAAUCAUAAAAUGUCAGAAUGAACAAUACUUUGUGCCAUACACCUCUUCACCCACUGCGAGCAUCUAGCCUCAAAUCUUUAAAGAGCAAAAGGCCAUAACCUUUAUUUUACUUUAAAGCGACAGGAGUACUGUCACUAUGUAUAUGGCACCUGUCAUACACACACACACACACACACACACAUAUACACACAUAUAUAGAUACCCACAUUUAUCUUCCAAUUCCUCAAGACUAACCCUCAAGCUAAUCUUUCCCGGCUUAGCAGGAAGUUACGGAAAUUGUUCAUCAUGGCAGAGAAACGUAUCAACUACAUACUAAAGUACAGCUCCCUAGAACAAUGACGGCCACCUGGGACACAUCUGAUCUUCACAUUUUAUAUACGCAAAUUUGUCAGCUAUUUUCAAGCACAAGUUUAUUCUGGAAUUCAGAUAAAAACCGACACUUAUCAUACACAAUUAUUGUAGAAAAUUAAACCAGGUAUUUCCAUUGCAAAUACUAAGAAACACCUUUUUCAAGACAGUUAGUUACCACGUGUUAGGAUUAAUCUUAGUACUGCCCUAUGCAAAAACAAACCAAAAAACCCGCUUUUUUAAAAAAACCUAGACAGAUUAAGUGAAGCCAACUCCUUUUUUUCCUCAGUAGGAACUAUUCCAAAAGAAUUACAAGGUUCAGUGAUAUAAAUCAGAUUAAGAGGAGGUAGACUUUCCUUUAAUGCCUGAAAUACAAUUAUAUUUCACAAAAUAAGACCUUUACUCUUCUGAAGAGAUCCUCUAAGCUGGCUUUUAUUCCAGUCUCUUCAAUCUCACUAAGGGGGGAACGGGAAAAAACUAGUCUUACCAGAAUGUUUCUGCUUUUUUAGUAGCCAGCUCUCAUCAAAUUUAGGUCUUCUUUAUGUAACUUAGCAGUUCAUCUUUUUCCAUUUGGUAACCACUUUUCUUCCACUGUUCUCUCAACUGCUGUAAGAGAACCCCAAUUUCUUUUCCGGAAGAAAUGCCCACUUUUCUGAUGUCAUGGCCACUUACAGGAAACGGAGGAAUGGACCACUGCUGCAUUUCCUUCAGAAGACCGUGCUCUCCUUGGUACUUGAGGAGUUCACACACACGAGCAGUUGCAUCGGAGUCUCUAGACUAAGGGCCAAAGUCAAACAUUACCACACUUGCUAAUGAUCUUAUCCUAAAAUUUAAAUAAAUGCUCAAUGUGAAAUUUUUCAUUUAAAAUAAAAGGAAUUCACAUAA